AAACUCAAUUUUAAAAGCGAUGAUUCCUUUAUUCCACAUCGCGUUCUUGGUGCUGUUCGUGAUUAUCAUAUACGCCAUCAUCGGUUUGGAGCUUUUCUCCGGUAUCCUGCACUCUGCUUGCCGAGACAUUGAAACCAAAUCUAUAGCGGAUCCAGAAAGAUGUUGCACCAACGAAACUGACGUUGGCUACACCUGCCCACCAGAGCAGAUUUGUGCUGGGGACUGGGAAGGUCCCAAUUUCGGCAUCACCAACUUUGACAACAUCGGAUACUCUAUGCUCACAGUGUUCCAAUGUAUAUCACUUGAAGGAUGGACGGAUAUUAUGUAUAAAGUAGCAGAUGUGAAAGGCAAUACGUGGGUUUGGAUGUACUUUGUAUCUAUGGUUAUAUUUGGCAAUUUUUUUGUCAUGAACCUUAUUCUUGGUGUGUUAUCUGGUGAGUUCUCCAAAGAACGAGAGAAAGCCAAAAACCGAGGUGACUUCCAGAAGUCAAGAGAAAGGCAGCAAUUUGAAGAAGAUUUGAAGGGUUAUCUCAAUUGGAUCACUGUAGCUGAAGAGUUAGAUUUAGAAAAUGAUCAGGGACAGAAGCAAGAAGAUCAAGAUUCACUAGGUAAUAAAGACAAAAAGAGUCAAGAAGGAUCACAAAGCAAUGUAAAUAUGAAUGGUGACCAACAAACGACGACUUGUAAAAGUUAUUGUAAGAGGUUCGACAAGGUGAAUCGUCGCAUGCGAAGAGCUUGUAGAAAAGCUGUCAAAUCCCAAACGUUUUAUUGGGCUAUCAUUGUACUUGUAUUUCUCAAUACUUUGGUUCUUGCUACUGAACAUUAUGGACAACCGCCAUGGUUAGAUGAAUUUCAAGAGAGCGCCAAUUUUUUGUUUAUCGUUCUCUUUACCAUGGAAAUGUUGUUGAAAAUGUACGCGCUAGGAUUUCAGGGUUAUUUCGUCUCCCUUUUCAACCGUUUCGAUUGCUUCGUGAUGCUGUGUUCGGUGGUCGAGAUGGCUCUUACCGCAACCAAGACUGUCCCCCAGCUGGGCAUCUCUGUGUUGAGAUGUGUUCGAUUGCUCAGAGUAUUUAAGGUCACCAAAUACUGGCGCUCCCUUUCCAAUCUCGUGGCAUCUCUCUUGAAUUCCAUCCAAUCAAUCUUCUCACUACUGCUCCUGCUUUUUCUCUUCAUUAUGAUCUUCGCGCUCCUUGGCAUGCAAGUCUUUGGCGGCAAGUUCGACUAUGAUGACGAACACGAGAAAGAGAAGCAUAACUUUGAUACGUUUUGGCAGGCUGUUCUCACCAUGUUUCAGAUUCUAACAGGCGAGGACUGGAAUGUAGUCAUGUACGAAGGUAUUAAGGCAUAUGGCGGAGCUGGCACUCCGGGCAUGCUGGCUUCCAUUUAUUUCAUGGUCAUUUUCAUCUGUGAUAUCUUAUUGAACGUGUUCUUGGCUAUCGCCGUGGACAACUUGGGUGAUGCAGAAGAUAUGGACAACGAAGACAUUGAGAAAGAAAAAGAAGCAGCAGAGAAUGCUGAAGCUGGUAAUCCUCAGCUGGAUGAAGAAAAAGGAGAGACUGAUGAUGAAUACCUAAAUGAAGAAGAAGGAUAUUCAACUGAAGGGUCCGACCAUGAAUACGACGAAACUGGGUCUGAAGAAGUGGAUGAACAAGAACCCGAAGAUAGAGAUAACUUGGAUGAUGUAUUGGUUACCAAUGAUACGAAACAACAGAAUGGUGAUAUAAAGAAACAAGACGAAGAUUUAAUGAAGCCUAAGACGGUGACAUUACGACCUCGACGAUUGUCAGAAAUAGAGAUAAAGCAACAGGAAAAGCCCAUACCCGAAGGGAGUAGUUUCUUCAUAUUCUCUCAGAACAAUUGUUUCAGAGUCCUCUGUUACAAAAUUCAAAACAAUUCUUGGUUCAAGAAUUUCAUCCUGGUGUGCAUUUUAGUUUCUUCUCUUACUCUGGCUAUGGAGGAUCCAGUUGGAAGUCCAGAUUCUGAACAAAAGGGUGAGAUACUACGUACUAUAGACUACUUCUUCACAGCUGUAUUUACUUUGGAAUUGCUGUUGAAACUGAUCACUUACGGCUUGGUUCUGCACAAGGAUGCUUUCUGCCGGUCGGCGUUCAACCUUCUGGAUAUGUUGGUGGUCAUAGUUUCGCUAGUGUCUUUAGGGCCAACACAAAACAUUGGAUUCAUUAAGAUUUUAAGAGUGUUCAGAGUGCUGAGGCCGCUAAGAGCCAUCAACAGAGCCAAAGGCCUCAAGCACGUAGUUCAAUGCGUGAUCGUCGCCAUAAAGACAAUUGGCAACAUUUUGUUGGUGACAAAUCUUCUACAGUUCAUGUUUGCAGUCAUGGGGGUGCAAAUGUUCAAGGGAAAAUUCUUUAGAUGCUCUGAUACUACCAAAAUGACUGAAGCUGAGUGUCAUGGUAAAUAUUUAAUUUACGAGAACGGAAAGCCCGUAAUCAAUUCGAGGGAAUGGUUGAAGAACAAGUUCAAUUUCGACGAUGUACCCAACGGCAUGUUGACCCUUUUUACUGUUUCUACUUUUGAAGGAUGGCCUAACUUAUUAACGACAUCAAUGGAUUCGAACAAGGAGGACCAUGGCCCGGUUGAAAACUCAAGGCCGCUGGUGGCCUUCUUUUACAUCAGUUACAUUAUUGUCAUCGCGUUCUUCAUGGUGAACAUCUUCGUAGGUUUCGUCAUAGUGACAUUCCAGAAGGAGGGAGAGCAAGAAUACAAAGACUGUGAACUGGAUAAGAAUCAGAGGAAUUGUAUUGAAUUUGCUUUGAAGGCGAAACCGGUCAGGAGGUACAUCCCGAAACACCGCAUCCAGUAUAAGACAUGGUGGUUCGUGACGUCACAGCAAUUCGAAUACGUCAUAUUCUUCUUCAUAGUGGUCAAUACUAUCGCGCUCAUGAUGAAGUUUAAUGACGCCCCUAAGUGGUACAAAAUCAUUCUCGACGCUUUGAACAUGAUCCUUACAACAGUUUUCAUGUUGGAAUUUGUGUUUAAGUUAGCUGCAUUUAGAUUUAAGAACUAUUUCGGCGACGCGUGGAACACAACCGAUUUUAUUCUCGUAGUGGGCAGUAUUAUUGACAUCGUCGUGACACAAGUAAAUGAAGAAAAAGAUGAUGCCAAAGUCAUUGUCAAGACAGGAAACGAAGGGGGUAACCUACUGAAAUACAUCACAUUCUUCCGUCUGUUCCGAGCGAUGCGAUUAAUAAAGCUUUUAUCAAGAGGCGAACGAAUAAGAACCCUGUUAUGGACGUUCAUCAAGUCAUUCCAGGCGCUGCCUUACGUAGCUCUACUUAUUGUCUUACUGUUCUUUAUUUAUGCGGUGGUUGGGAUGCAGCUUUUCGGAAAAAUUGCAUUAGAUAACGAUGUUAUCACUGAUUAUAAUAACUUUCAAAGUUUUGGAGGAGCACUUAUGGUCCUUUUCAGAUCUGCUACAGGAGAAGCAUGGCAAGAUAUAAUGAUGGCGUUGUCUCCGAACAAAGAUGAGCGUCCGAACGAUCCGCCGCGGUGUGUUAUCGACGACCCUCAAAUUGAAAACUGUGGUUCAAUGUUAGCCUAUCCAUAUUUCAUCUCAUUUUCACUCCUGUGCACUUUCUUGAUCAUCAAUCUCUUCGUCGCCGUUAUCAUGGACAACUUCGACUACCUGACUCGCGAUUGGUCAAUCCUAGGUCCACAUCACCUUGAUGAGUUCGUCAGAUUAUGGAGCGAGUACGAUCCUGAUGCCAAAGGGCGGAUAAAGCACUUGGAUGUGGUGACCUUGUUGAGGAAAAUUAGCCCACCUUUAGGUUUCGGCAAACUAUGUCCCCAUAGGACUGCAUGUAAGAGGUUGGUGUCAAUGAACAUGCCUCUCAAUUCUGAUGGAACAGUUAACUUUAACGCGACACUGUUCGCCGUUGUCAGAACACAGUUGCAGAUUAAAACUACGGGUGUAAUCGAUGACUGCAACACGGAGCUUCGAGCGAUUAUCAAGAAAGUUUGGAAGAGGACAUCGCCUAAACUGCUGGAUCAGGUGGUCCCGCCUCCUGGAGAUCCCAAUGAGAUCACCGUUGGCAAGUUCUACGCCACUUUUCUUAUACAGGACUAUUUCAGGAGGUUCCGAAAACGCAAGGAGCAAGCUGCGCAAGUGACUGAACAGAUGACAUUACAAGCUGGAUUAAGAACUUUGCACGAAGCGGGGCCUGAACUAAAAAGAACCAUUUCGGGCAACUUGGACGAAAUUGUAUCUGAAGCUGUGGAACCUAUGCACAGACGUAACCACACACUGUUCGGAGCUGUAUGGACUAGUAUCAAGAAACAUGGACGUGAGAGCUUCCACAUACCCCAUUCGUCCAAAGCGAAACCGCCUAACGGUACACAAGAUGGUCCAACGCUCAGUAUCAUGAUGAGACGAGAGCUAGGUAUGGAUGGGAAAAUACCUGAAGAAGAAAUGAAAUACGACGAAGGCAACCAGAGCGAUGAAGAAAUCGCGAUGCAACCCUUACUUCACGGCAAAGAUUCGGAGAAGAUUUUCAGAGCAAUAGAGUAA